AUGUCUCGCCCACUUGAAGGAAAGUUUGGAAUAAUAACUGGAGGCUCUCGAGGAAUCGGCGCCGCCAUCGCGUCGAACCUCGCGAGUAAGGGGUGCAACCUCGUACUAAACCACGCGUCGGCGUCCUCUGCGGCCUUGACGGCGACGUUCUGCGCCGAGCUGGCCUCGGCGCACGGGAUCCGCGCCGUCGGCGUGCAGGCCGACGUGGGCACGGCCGAGGGGGCUUCGGCGAUCGUCGCGUUUGCGCGCGAAUCCUUUGCCUCACCAACAUCAGAGUUCCAGAUCGACAUCUUGGUCAACAACGCCGGCAUCGCGCUCAACGCGCCGCUGCCUGCAAUCACGGCGCACGAGUUCAGCGAGACGUACCGGGUCAACGUGCUAGGGCCGCUGCUGGUGACACAGGCUGUGGAGCCGUUCCUGCCGCGGAACCGGACGGGGCGGGUGGUCAACAUCUCGUCGGUGUCGUCGUCGGCGGGGUUCGUGGGGCAGACGGUGUACGGGGGCACCAAGGCGGCGCUCGAGGCCAUGACGCGGACGUGGGCGCGUGAGCUGGCGGAGCGGGCGACCGUCAACGCCAUCAACCCGGGCCCCGUCGAGGGCCCGCUGUACGCGAGCAACUCUCCCGAGUUCCUGGCCGGCAUCAAGGGCUGGAUCAUGCACACCCCGAGCAUGGCCCCGCGCCCGGGCGUCGACAGCCCGGAAGUCAUUGAGGAGGCCAAGGAGGGCGGUGGCCGCCUGGCUCACACGUCCGAGAUCGCCGGCAUCGUCGGCAUGCUGUGCACCCCCGACGCCGCGUGGUGCACCGGCCAGGUCGUGUGUGCCAACGGAGGCAUGAUGAUGCUGCACUAA